CGUGCCUAGUGGGGCGUGAUGGCGUCUCAAAGUCGGGGAGCUCGCUUGGGUGACGGUGCCAUGGGCGCAAGGGGCGUGCGGGCGGCCCUGUGGGGCGUUGCGCUGCUCUGCGCGCUUGGCCUGGGCCAGCGGCCCCCCAUGGACCCGAGAUGCGGCCCCGGGAGCAUUGUGAGCGGGACCGGGGUGAACCUGCGCUGCUGCGGCCCGUGUGCCUCGGCCCAGGCCUGUCCAGAGGGGACCUGCACGUGUCUGCAGCCCGAGUUCCACUGCGGAGACCCACAGUGCGAGACCUGCAAACACCACCCCUGCCCACCCGGCCAGGAGGUGGAGACCCACGGGGCAUACAAUUUUGGCUUCGAAUGUGUCGACUGUGCCGAGGGGACCUUCUCUGGGGGCAGCGAGGGCCACUGUAGUCCUUGGGCAGACUGCUCCCGGUCUGGCCUUCGCACUGUGUUCCCCGGGAACAAGACGCACAACGCCGUGUGCGGCCUGAUGCUGCCGCCCGCUGAGACGCACUGCCCGCUCGCCGUGCUCCUGGCCCUGGGUGCCUGCAUCCUGGCCCUGACCGCAGCCCAGCUCGGCCUGCACCUCUGGCAGCUGAGGAGGCAGCUCGUGCAGCCGCCAGAGACCCAGCCACUCCUGGAGGUGCCACCGGUGGUCGACGACACCUACAGCUGCCAGUUCCCGGAAGAGGAGCGAGGAGGACAGCUCUCGGAGGACACGGGGGAGGACAAGGGCCCGCCGGGGAACCUGUGGGUGUGAGGCCUGGCCGCCUUCCAGCAGGUGGACCCCGACACAGGCCUCCCUGGAACUGGCCCGGGGCCGACCCUCGGGUGCAUGGGCUCUGGGCCCUGUGAGGGGCCCGGAUCUGGCCCGGCCCUGCUCCCCUCGGCGGUGGAAGCGGGUGGGGAUUGCGGCAGCAGUGACUCCCCAGAUCAUGCAGGAGAGGACGACGACAGGAGGUGCCGACGACAGGGCUGCCUCCCUCCCUUGCUGGCCCUGAUGAGGUGGGGUCUGUGGGCCCUGGUUCCUUGGACAGGAGGCCAGACAGCCCAGGACAGGCUGCGGGCAGAGCCCAAUAAACACUUGCCCAGCGACCCGAGUGGACGUGUGCUGG